AGUCAGAAUAAGGUGCACGGACAGGCGGUUAGCGGGGUGUGCAUGCUGCUUAGUUCCCUGUACUAUUGAGUGCAUUUUGUAGAAAAUCACUCUUUUAAAAUACUUCUUAUCAUUGAAUUAAAUAUAUGUAUAGUUAAAGCAAUACAACUUGGGGUUGGGUCAAAAUUUUCGUGUAAUUAAAAUUUAUUAAACAUUGACAUAUUCUACUUUUCAUGCAAUUUUGUAGUAAGAAUGUGUGAUUAAAGUGCAUCCUCAAAAUUGCUCUUCAAACUUCUUUAACGUACUCUCGGAAACCACAAGUGUUUUUAUUACCCUAUACAUAGAACUUCUAUUUACGUCCAAGAUGGGUUUGUGCAAGACUGCAGUGACUUUUGCAAUCAACAGUGGAAGAGCUGGUGUAAGAAAUAAUGGGAAUUUUGGUCUACGCCCGCUGUUGUCAUGCGCGCCGGUCAUGAUGGUGUGCGGAGAAAGGAAUGCGCAUACGCAGGACCUAACCAAGAACAUUCAGUACAUUAGCAACGACAAGGUCAAGCUCACCACUGAUCCGAAGACAAUGAAGCUAGACAAGCAGCUUAACCGUCCAAUGUGUGUGAUGAUUAACUGGUUGUUGGCGAGACAGAAGCACGUGAUGAAGUAUGCCAAUCUCUACUUAGAGCAGGGAUUUGAUGUCAUCUCCGUAUCCUGUACACCCUGGCAACUCAUGUGGCCACAAAAGGGCACCCAAGCAACCCUAAUAUGGAACAAUAAAAGAAACACCCAGAGGUUGGUGUCUGGUGAUCUCCUGCGAUUCAUGCAGGCGAACGAGAAUGAUCAGCCACUGGUGGUGCACGGAUUUUCAGUGGGUGGUUACCUAUGGGGCGAGCUAUGCGUGCACGUGAUGAAGAAUAAGGAAUUAUACCAACCGGUUCUGGACCGAGUGUCUGCUCAAGUGUGGGAUUCGGCUGCUGACAUAACAGAGAUAACCAUCGGAGUUCCGGCUGCCGUCUUCCCCAAGAACAAGAUCAUGCAGAAGACACUCAAGGCUUAUAUGGAAUACCAUCUAAAAACGUUCCACGACGCAGCCACAGUACACUACAUCCGUUCAUCGCAGUUGUUCCACACCAACCUUUGUCACGCCCCUGCGUUGUUCCUACUGUCGGCGAGUGAUACUGUGGGAGCCGAGAGAAGCAACCGAGCUGUGUAUGAAAGUUGGGUCAAAAUGGGCAUGAAGUGUACAUGGAACUGCUGGGAUCGAUCUCCCCACGUACAGCAUUUCAACAAACAUCGGGAAGAGUACAUGGCCCUUUUGCGUGCGCAUCUACGCGAACACGUCCCAACCGCUAAUCGGGAACAAAAUCGCGCGAUGGUAUAAAUAGUUCCGCAAUAUAUGAACUUUUUGUAACAUAGAUAAUAAACUUAGUUUGUAAAGUUAAAGAAUAAAGACGCUAAUUAAUUACAUUAUUUGCAUAACUCAAAGUUUCAAGUGCUUUUCAGCGAAUCAGCUGGACUCGAAGAACGUAAUUAUUUAUUUAUACACAAAAAUAUUACAGCAUUAAACCGCUACGAUAAAAUGGAAGAAAAAUUAAAUAUAUAGGAUACACAAUAUCGCUAUCGUAAACUCUGAGAACAUAAAGAUGUCGAUGGUGUUGGAGAUAGCAUUCAGUAAAGCCGGAAUUAGUUAACGAAAUUAGUGGCAUAAAAUUAAUUUCGUGACAUUAGUUUUACCAAACAUUUCUAGUGUAAUUCAAUAUUUUCGUAAUGCAUGUAUUGAUCUCAUGAAUGCAAUGCCAUUUUUUGGUGAAAUUAGUUUCAUGCAACUAAUUUCAUAGUGGAGAUGCGACGCGAACUAGUGUCGCGAAAGCGCCUGUGCUGUGCGGACGUGUGUAUUUUGAUGCCACAACAUAAUGCUUCUGAAUACGUAUGAUAAAGACUUACAACAAUUUCCCUUCAAAACGCAACGUAAUUUAAAGUUUUUAGACUUUCGUCUUGUGACUUUAGUCGAGUUUUGUAAAUAAUGCGAUAAAUUCGCGUUUAUAAGCACUUAUUAUUCAAAAGUAACUCAGUUUAUUAUCUAUAAAUAAAAUGCCUUAUAAGCACUUAGUACGAUUUAGAUUUUAUAUAAAUCUUGAUUUUAAUACAGAGAAUAGCGAAUACGUCUGGAUAUAUCUGUACUCUGCAUUAAAUAUAAUUUUUAUAUAAUUCUAGAAUUUAUCUCAUAUGUUAAGUUAAGAGCCAAAUAAAUUUAUGGUGAUUAUAUAACGGGUGAGAAAAAAACUCGACUGAUUGGUAGUAUUAAGUAAUUAUAACUUGUAUAAUUGGUAAAGUGGUAAAUUUGGCAGAUUAAAGCGUUUACAUGUAUUCUCUAUUCCAUUAGAAUUUUAGACGUAUAUUUAACCUUUGGCUAUACUUUAGUAAACUUUAAAAUUUUCGUUGUCAUUUCUUUAUAGUUAACGUAUUUAAAAUAUUGCAUGCAUAGACAAAAAUUAUUUACUGAAAUGACACAGAUUAUAUAUAGUUUAGUAGUGUCUAUCAAAGUAACAGAUUUGUCACAUGUCAACAUUAAAAAUCUAUAAAAUUGUGAGAAAAUUGAGGAAUACAAAGAUAAAUAUUACAUUCUAUACAAUUCUAUUGGAAUGAAGUUAAGUUUAUCGCCCGACUUUUAUAUGAUUACAGGGUUUUAAGUAUUUUAUGAAAAUCAUUCAAAUUAAAAAUUGUUCUUUUUAUCAAUUUACGUAAAUUUGAGCAUUUCCUAUUUACUCAAAAACCAUAUUUUUCGUGAAGAUAUUUUCAUGUUGUCAAAUUUUAGUUCUCCUAUUAACGUAGUAUCUUUUAGAACUUAAGAGCGAUGUUUUUAUAGUAAAGUAUUUGUAGAAAGUGUUUUUAAUCAUUUCAUAUAUACAUACCUUUCAAAACAUGUCAUUUACCUACGCAAUACUUACCACAGAUACACGCAAGAAAAUAUCUCUUGUACUUAUAGGCAGCGGCACGUAAGUCUAGCGCUGGCCGAUACGUGGAGGGGAUUGCUGCGCAUGUGUACUGUCGCGCACGCAAUACAUUAUAUGCCACUUUGAUUAAUGAUGACCUAAAUAACGAUAUUAAGCUGAACGAAAUGUGAAGGAUAGCUGCUGCGCAUGAUUACUGUCGCGCAUGUAAGUAAUAUUACCUAUAUAUAAGGUAUAAUAAGACAGUAAAAAAGUGUCUGUACAUAGAACGUAUUUCCAA